AUGACCAAUCCCAACCCAAAUCACUCCCCUCCGCAUUUCCUAUUCCAGUCAUUCCUAAUCCCCAAACCAUCCCCUGCAAUCCCAUUAUCCCAAUCACGCGCAUCCAGCAUCCAGACUCUUCACGCCCAAAGUUCCAGCUCCAAUUCCUCGGAGGCAUCCCACAUUACGCUUGAAGUCCCUACCGGGCCGAAUACCAUCUCAAGUCAUCCUGACUUCCCCACUCCCAGGAUGCGCCCAAACCCCCAAAACCGCCGUGCGAAAAUUCACAUGAAUACUGGUCCGGCUGCCAGGAUCUCUUUACGCGACCUAAUCCCGGAGUAUCGUCCACCAUUGGCAAUCUGUAGAACGGGAGGCGAUGAGGAGCAGGGAUUGGUAGGGCAAACAAACAGGGCUACCACGCUUUUUCGCUACGGUGCCAAUUACCACGCGUGGGUUUUGACACAUGAUUUAGAAUCGGGGUAUUGA